AUGUCAUCUUCACAACAAGUGGUAAGUGAUAUCAGUCAAGGAAGGGCCAAUCUGCCAAUGACAUACUCACAACAAGUGCCCUUGCAACCAUCAUCCUCUUCACUUACUCAACAAACCACGCCCUAUACAGGAAGAUUCAAACACAGUGUCAAAAAGGAGGACAAGUAUAGACUGUGA